AUGCACAAUCUCACCACGCUGAUCAAGCGACUCGAAGCUGCCACUUCCCGCCUCGAGGACAUUGCUACCUCGUCGGCUUCUUUUGACCAGCCCAGGAACUCCGUCGCCGACCUUGGUGCCACCCAUUUGCCUUCCUCGUCCAGUGCUCCCGAGCUCCCUGGCAUCGCCAAAGAUGCCCAACAACCUUCAGCCCCUGCCGCACCCGCUCUCCAGGCCGACACCACUCCCAAGGCCAUACAGGAAAUGGACAGGCUGAUUGACGAACACGUCGCCAAGUUUGUCUCGUCUGCAUCGGGCCUGGACAAGAACAUUGAGACUCAGGCACACGCCGUCGAGCGCGCAUUUGCUACCCAGCGCCACUACCUUGUCAUCGCCAACAAGGCCAAGAAGCCCGACAUGACUUCGCCUGCCUUCUCCGAGCUCAUCAAGGAUCUACAACAAGAGAUGGGCACUGUGAACGACAUCAAGGACUCGAACCGCGCAUCCCCCUUCAAGGACCACCUCAACAUGGUCGCCGAGGGUAUGGGUGGUCUACAGUGGGUUGUCUUCGAGGGCAAGCCUGCCGACUAUGUUGCUGAGAUCCUUGGUGGCGUACAAUUGUUUGGCAACAGAGUACUCAAGGAGUACAAGGAAAAGGACCCCAAGCACGUUGCCUACGUCCAAUCGUACUACGCUAUCUGGAAGAACCUUCAAUCCUACAUCCGCAACCACUACGCUGCUGGUGUCACAUGGAAUGCUCAGGGCAUGGACCUUGCAAAGGCCCUCAAGGAUGCAAACAACGCUCCCUCUUCUUCACAAUCCGCUCCUGCUCCUCCUGGCGCUGCAGGAGGUCCUCCACCACCACCCCCGCCGCCACCGCUUCCUACUUUCGACAACGCGCCCCCUCCUCCGCCUCCGGCAAACAAGUCGACCGGUGGUGACAUGGGUGCUGUCUUCGAUCAACUGAACAGAGGCGAGUCUGUUACAGCUGGUUUGAGAAAGGUUGACAAGAGCGAAAUGACACACAAGAACCCCUCGCUACGCACUACUUCUACUGUCACUGAUCGGAAAGGAAGCCAAGACAGUAUCACCCGCAGCCGCAGCAGAGGCCCCGAACUCAAACCUAAGCCCGAUAGCAUCCGUGGAAAGGGUCUUUCCCACCCCACACCCAAGAGAGAGCCUAAGAAGGAGCUUGAUGGCAACAAAUGGAUCAUUGAGAACUUUGAGGAUGCCGAUGCUCCUAUCGAGGUUGAGGUCUCCGUUACACAGUCCAUCCUCGUCACAAAGUGCAAGAACGCCACUAUCCGUCUGAUUGGCAAGGCCAACGCUAUCAGUAUCGACAACAGCCCACGCACUAACCUCGUUAUCGACGACCUCAUCUCAUCCGUCGACGUCAUCAAGUGCCCCAACUUUGGCUUGCAGGUUCUUGGCAGCCUGCCCACUGUUAUGCUUGAUCAAGUUGACGGUGCUUCUAUCUAUCUCUCAAAGGAGAGCUUGAAUACUGAAAUUUACACCUCCAAGUGCGCAAGUAUCAACGUCAACCUGCCUCCUCAGACCGAGCAGGACGAUUACAAGGAAUGUCCCCUCCCUGAACAGUUCCGUACCUUCGUCAAGGACGGCAAGCUUGUCAGCGAGAUUGUUGAACAUGCUGGUUAA